AUGGAGGGCUCUGCGUCCGCCUCCACCCUGGCCUCAGCCGACACGCCAACUGCUGUGGAGCAUCUGGACAGAGAGCAGAUUAGAAAGGCAGUGGAAGUUCUGCUUGCACACUCCAAGUCAAGAAAAAACAAUAAUGAGUUACUUUCAAAUGGGAAUGAGAAUUUAUUUUUAAUGGUGGUAUUAUGGAAAAUUCCAAAGAAAGAACUGCAGGCCCGAAUGUCUUUGCCUCAUAGUAUUCUAUCAGAUUCAUCAGAAGUCUGUUUGUUUACCAAAGAUGACUGUGAGUCACCUGAACAGACAGAAUGUUUCUAUAAAACGCUUUUGAAAAAUCAUGGCAUCAACAGCAUCUCUCGGAUUAUCCCUUUUAAAACUUUAAAAACAGAAUAUAAAGCCAAUGAAGCCAAGCUCCGCCUCCUGGGUAGCUUUGACAUCUUCAUUGCUGAUGAAAGAAUUAGACGGCUUCCUACACACAUAGGAAGACACUUCUAUCAGAGGAAGAAAGUUCCAGUAUCUGUAACUCUGGCCAAGAAUCUGUCCAAAGAGAUUAACAACAGUAUCACAGGGACCGUCUUAAACAUCUCCAAACAAGGUUCUUGCAGUGCUGUGCGUGUUGGUCACACUGGAAUGAAGCCUCAGCACAUCAUUGAAAACAUCCUGGCUGUCUCAGAAAUGCUUUCAGAAAAACUGCCAGAGAAAUGGCAGCGUGUGAAACUCUUGUUCCUAAAAACUGAGAAGUCGGUUUCCCUUCCCAUCUUUUCCUCAUUUGCCACAUGCCCGGAUGAAAACAACAUCAUGUCCUUCAAUAGCCUGAGGAAAAAGGUAAUAAAGAAAAAAAUGAUUUAUGAAAAAGAAAAGUCGAAGAAGAAAAACAAAAUGUUAAAGAAAAGCUCCAAAAAGACUGCGUCUCAAGGUAAAACUAGCAGUGCUCGAGUGAAGGCCCCAGGAUCCCAGGAGAAAAAGACCAGAAAAGUAAAAGCACAACCUGAAGGGACGGACGAGAGUGAAGAAGCAGUCCCACAGCUGGUCCCAACAGGAGAAACACCGAAUAAAGAAAACCUGGAGAUGCAAGAAAAUAUCACAGGGGAAAAGUCUCCAAAAAAGAAACCUGAUACAAAUCCACAUCAGGGAAAGAAAAGGAAGGCCCUACCAGCUACAGAGACCCUAGAAGCUUCAGGGCCUGAGAUGGCAGGAAAGAAGCCAAGAAGUAUGUCAGAAACCAGGAAGCCAGAGGCCAAGUUCUUUAAACCCAGGAAAUCUUCCAACGAGCCCAAAGACAGAAAAGCCCAAGUAGCCCACUCAAACUAA